AUGAAAGAUGUCUUAUCGGGUAAGUAAAAAUGUAUGAAUUGUUAAAUUUAUUAGACUGGCUUUAAACUUCGUCACACCUGCGCGAUAAUAUACGGUUAAGAUGAUUUAUGGUCUAAAUUUUACUGCAUUAUUAGCUUUUCUUCGAUCAAAGUACAAUUUAAUGAAAGUUUUUGACAGUGUAGAGCUUUUAUGAAGACUUUAAUCUUUAUAGGCACAAGUUUACUGCAAAUGUUUCCUUGUCAAAAGUUGACAAUUGCGAGAUGACGCGUCUAUAUGAUGUUUAUGCUAUAUAGUGUAUACCCGAUUUUUAUUUUUGGCCUAGUAAGCAGCUUUUGAAAUUCAUCCCGCCCAAAAAUAUAAUCUUAUUAAGUACAUUGAAACAGUUCGACCAAGCUACCGUUAUUAUAUAUAAGUAGGCGUUUGAAAGUUGAGGAAACUCUCAUGUAAACUCUCGCUUGUCAGCUCUUAUGCAACUCUUUCUUCUCAUUUGAUCAAGCAAUGAAAGUUGAGAAAACUCUCAUGCAAACUCUCGCUUCUCAACUCUCAUGCAACUCUUGUUCUCGUUUGAUCAAGCAAUGAAAAUUGAGAAAACUCUCAUGUAAACUCUCGCUUCUCAACUCUCAUGCAACUCUUGUUCUCGUUUGAUCAAGCAAUGAAAGUUGACAAUACUCUCCUGCAAACUCUUGCUUCUCAACUCUCAUGCAACUCUUGUUCUCGUUUGAUCAAGCAAUGAAAGUUGAGAAAACUCUCAUGUAAACUCUCGCUUCUCAACUCUCAUGCAUGCAACUCUUGUUCUCGUUUGAUCAAGCAAUGAAAGUUGAAGAAACUCUCAUGCAAACUCUCGCUUCGUCGCUUGACAAAUUUCUCAUAAAGCUCAUUAAUAGACAAACUAUAUAAAUCAGUGAUUGUUAUCUUACAUUUUUUGUAGCUGCUGCAGUGUUCGAGUUUACGAUGUUUGGUAUCAUGAUUCUCUUCCUAUCGUUCUGUGGAUUCUUCACGUUCAAACAUUGUUUCUACAUUUGGCGAAGAAAGAAACGCAAAAGACACGACGAUUCAUUGGAAAGCAUACUCGAUCUGCUCUAUAACGAAGACUAUUAUUAUCUCGAAUCCAGUACUCCGUACCUCCCUCCCCCGGAAGAUGACUCAAGCAGCGAGAAAACAGGGGGGAGUGGAGACGCUGAAGGGGACUCGUCCAAAGCGUCAUUUGCGAGCACUCCCACACACGGACAAAGCAUUAAAUGGAAUGGGACUGAGAAAAUUUCCAUGGAUAAAUAUAAGGUAAAAAUAUAUUGCUCAUAUUAAAUUCAGAACGUAUCUCACAUCUUGUGGCAAGUCUGCCGACAAGCCGUCAACAAGUUGUGUUCGCACUGCUUGUCCCAAGUUGUCAACAACUUUGGAACAAGCUGUUAACAGUUGAAACAGCCUUCUUUAUAUUAUCAGACUUGUUGCAAGUUUGUUCCAACAAGUCCGAUGCAGUCAUGAUAUAACAAUAUUGUUACAACUUUGUGUCGUCAACCUUGUAACGUUCGUUUACUAUAUUAUGACUGUAUCAGACUUGUUAGAACAACCUUGUAACAAGUCUGAUAAUGCCAUCAAGUUUGUUACAAGUUGUUAACAGCUUGUUCCCAACUUGUUACAACAACUGGGAACAAGCAGUGCCGACACAACUUGUUGACAGCUUGUGAGCAGAUUUGUAACAACUUGUUUGUAGACCUGUAACUACUUGUGCGUUUUUACGUGCCUACCUCGAACUUUAUGCAUUUGCCUUGGCUGUUCGAGAUAGCGGGAUCUGUAAUGUACGAAAGUUAAAUACUUAUUUUGUGUAUAUUUCCAGGUGUGUCCGCAAGACGUGAAAUCAGAAACAAGAGACUCCUCGCAACGUAAACUCAGACGUCAAACAAAAUUCCUGGGCUCUUCAGAAAACGUCGUGAACCAAACCGAACAGUCGACACCCACCUACGAGCUGAGCCCAGAGCAAGCCCCCGACCACAGACCCCAUACCCUAAGCUUCAGUCCCAACAUGACUCCUAUGGACAGAAACCCGGCCGAAAAAAUUUCCCCGAGUGUGAGACAGAAACAUGCGUCUGUUUCAAUAAGAAAAUUGGUCGCCACAUCAAAAUUUAUCGGGUCAGCCCACCGUGCAAAGAAGCAGCUACGAAUGCAGUCUCGUUUUCAGCCAGGAACGUUUCGUUACCGCGAAGAUGUCUCACCACCGGACGGUAGUUUCGAAAAACGCAGUUCGCCAAGUGGAGAAUCCGAUUCCCGCCCAAACAGCAAAAGAAAGGUCAACUUCUUAGAUCUCGUGAGUUCCUCGCGUGAACCACACGCGCGAGAUACUCACGCGAGGGAUCACACGCGAGUAUUCCACGCGAGGGAUCACGCGCGCGACACCCAUGCGAGGGAUUACGCGCGCGACGCCCACGCGAGGGAUCACGCGCGAGUUUCGUACCCUCAAGAGCCCCACGCACACCACAAGAGCAGAAUUCACCCCGAAUGGCGAAGUAAAAAUAUCGGCUCUCCGCAUUCGGCAUUCCAGUGGUUUCCAAAACCCCACGCGACCGGAAGUACUGAGCGCGCCAGCAGUGGUCGUCAUGACGACAGGAGCGGAACUGACGUGGAGGAAUUGUGUCAAGAAUACGAGCGUUUGGAAAAGACUCGUUAUGCAGAAAUGUUGAAGAAAGCAAAAUCACUUGGUCGAGAAAAUUUGCCGUUUUUUAACCGUAAGCACGAUUCGUAUUAGCAGAAUAGAAAAACAGCAGCAAGCCUCUCCAAAAUAUACCAUUUUUAUCUUGUGGGUUUAUGAGCAAUGGGUGGCAGAAUUCACUGUCCCAAAUCGAGAAAAAAUUCUUUUCAUUAUAUGCGGUAUUCUUGAUUGCACUUUUCCCCUAGGGGCCUCGUUUUCAUGUUUUUGCAAGGCAGGCACACAUGUAGGGUUAUAUCGCCAUGUUUCCUGCACGGAAUAUAUUUCUCUUUGAUCUUGAACCCAAUCACAAAACCUAUCCUUCAUACUUCAUAAAAUUUUAAUAUUACGACAUCCUUUGUCGGGGCUAUUCUGCCAUAACUACUACAAAACAAUUAUGCUACUAUUACAAUUAUGAAUCUAGAAACUACGAAUACGAUUAACUAGUUAAGUUUAUGAUGUAGUUUGCCAGUUUCUUCUUGAACGCGGCAGAGUUAUCAACAGAUUUCAAGUCCUUUGGUAUACUGUGAAAAUCUCUAGCGCCUCUAAAUGCAAAAGAACUUGCAUUUAGGAACUGAUUUAGGUCCUUGUUACACUUCUUGUUGUUCUUUGGCCAAUACUAUUUCUAGUAACAAACAUACUGUUUAGAUACUGAGGAGCUUCCCAUUAAGGCAUUUGUGUACCAUAGCAAUAUCGUUGAGAAGCAGUUUGUCAUUUAUGUUAACUCGCUAAGCCAUCCUAAUGAGUUGCGAAACAUUGAAACGAGGCCUCUGUAGGCAAUAGUACAACCACAUGAAAACGAGGCCUCUGUGGGCAAUAGUGCUAUAAACAGCGCAGUCUAUUGAAAGGUUUAUUUUUCUUGCUGCUAUAAGUACCGACAUGUCUUAAAUUGACCAUCAUCUGUUGCCUCACGCUGGCUGGAAUUUAUCCGAAUAAAUUUAACUAGAUUAUUGACAACUGUAUUAAUAUUACAAUUAAAUGAUUCAUUUUGUUAGCUGUGAUUUAUGAGUAUGGUUUGUGUCUGUUGAAGUUGACUGCUAAAUAUCGAUGCACUGUACUAACGCCUGACGCCUUUUGUGCUUUUUGUUUACACGUUUUUCCUUAACUUAUAGUGAUAGUUAUUAUUUAAUUUAUACUAGAAAGCUUUAUCAGUUCUAAACUGUUCUCCCUAGACUAGAGGUCCAGUAAGGAUCAUCUCUUAUUGAUCCAGUGUUACUACAGGAGGAAACCUAAACUGAACUUACUUUAUUUAUUUAUACGAGAUAGCUCCAUCAGUUCUAAACUGUUCUCCCUAGAGAUCCAGUAAGGAUCAUCUCUUAUUGAUCCAGUGUUACUACAGGAGGAAACCUAAACUAAACUAACUUUAUUUAUACUGGAUAGCUAUAUCAAUUCUAAACUGUUCUUCCUAGAGGUCCAGUAAGGAUCAUCUCUUAUUGAUCCAGUGUUGCUGCAGGAGGAAACCUAAACUAAACUAACUUUAUUUAUACUGGAUAGCUCUAUCAGUUCUAAACUGUUCUCCCUAGAGGUCCAGUAAGGAUCAUCUCUUAUUGAUCCAGUGUUACUACAGGAGGAAACCUAAACUAAACUAACUCUAUUUAUACUGGAUAGCUCUAUCAGUUCUAAACUGUUCUUCCUAGAGGUCCAGUAAGGAUCAUCUCUUAUUGAUCCAGUGUUACUACAGGAGGAAACCUAAACUAAACUAACUUUAUUUAUACUGGACAGCUCUAUAUCAAUUCUAAGCUGUUCUCCUUGGAGGUCCAACACUUGCAAAACCCUAGUCACAGAGACAUCGUCUAAUUAAACGGGAAAUAACUAUGACUUCAUUUUAACACUAUCAUACAAGAGACCAACGUUCGAAAUUUCUAAAACUUUUUUCGCGGUGAAAAUGCUUAAUAAUUAAUGUAGAAAGUAAAAAAAAAUGUUAGUUUUAUUAAAAGUGGUCAGAUUAAAACCAAGUUAUCAAUUAUAGAUUUGAGAGUAAAGCAGAUUGAAUUAGUAACUAUUUUGAAGUGUGAAGGGCCCUUUUGUCUAAAGUCCACACCGGGCAAGCUGAAGGUUGUUUUAACUGCAGUGGAAAUAGCGAAGAGGCAGCAUCUUUCGGAUGACAUCUUAUUGGCCGAGGUCAAAAUCUUGAAUUAUUUUGAACAAUUAAACAUUGAACGUCCAAUCGGUCGACAUGGGAUAAACAAUGCACAAAUUUGGCAAACCAGUUUGCUUAUAGCCACAACUUUAGAUAUCUUUUGAAUCUCACAUCUUGUAUAACAAGUUUGCCAACAAGCCGUGUCGACAAGUUGUGUUCGCACUGCUUGUUCCCAGUUGUUGUAACAAGUUUGGAACAAGCUGUGAACAACUUGUAACAAGCUUGAUGGCAUUAUCAGACUUGUUACAUGGUUGUUCUAUCAAGUCUGAUACAGUCAUGAUAUAACAAGAAUGUUACAAGGUCGACGAGACAAGGUUGUACCAAUAUUGUUAAAUCAUGACUGUAUAGGACUUGUUGGAACAAUCUUGCUACAAGUCUGAUAAUAUCAACAAGCUGUUAACAGCUUGUAACAAACUUGAUGGCAUUAUCAGAGUUGUUGCAGGGUUGUUCUAACAAGUCUAAUACGGUCAUGAUAUAACAAGAAUGUUACAAGGUUGAAGAGAGCUUGUUCCAAACUUGUUGACAACUUGGGGCAAGCGGUGCGAACACAACUUGUUGACGGCUUGUUGGCAGACUUGCUACAAGAUGUGAGAUUUUUACGCGUAUACUCAGCAUUUGAGUUAUCUAAAGUUGUGGGUAGCAACGAUAUGUAAACAACGUUAGCCAAGUCUGUCUAUUACGUCUGAAAAUGCACUGCACAAUCAAGUCUCAUAGCCAGCAGACGUUAAAAUAAAUAAAUCCUUUCCCCACUUUUCCAUUUACCUUGAUUUCUCCAAAGCCGACGAAUAUUUAAAGAGGUUCUUACUCACGUAAGCCAAGCUACAGCUUCUAGUCGUUGACUUGAGGUUGCCCUGAGCUAGCUCGAUAAUGUCUCAAUGAUCACUGCCCAUUGAGGAAGGAUAGCUAUAAAUCUUCACUGUCCAUAGCUUCGGUUUACUAUAUUUGAAUUGAAAAUGGCGAAGCAAUGGAUACUAUCGUGCAUCGAUAUUUAGCAAACUUCAAUCAGAAGUAUACUCAUAAAUUCCUUGAAAUAGGAAACCUUGUAAUGUUUCUGACUUUCUGCAAUAAAUAUAACGCUUUGGCAACGAAAUAAGUAUUAAAAUUAUAUGGCUUUAAUUUUACUUCUCUUAAACAGAACGAAAAUCGCAUCGAUAUAGAAUAAACCCACUUGACAUUGAACUAAAGGAAAUUAAACCUCUUAAAAGACUUGUACAGGACGAAAGUUAUGUUACAGACUCUGAAUUAUACAAAAAGGAACGAAAAUUUAGGGGCAAGGAAAAGGCGAAAAUAUCUGAAAUGCAGCCUCUUAUCUCCGAGCAAAGAAAAUCCCAAAAUGUUGGUAGACCACAACCUCAAAGUGAUGAUGAAUUUAACUAUACCGACUCCGAAUUAUACAAAAAAGAACAAAAGUAUAAAGCCGACAAAAAGGUACUGUACACUGACAUAAAAAAACACAAGUUGUAAUAAACUUGCAGCAGACUUGUAGCAAUGCUGUUCCAACAACUUGUCAACCGGAUGUGUUCGCACUGCUUUUUCCCAGCUUGUUGACAAGUUGUCAACGGCUUGUUGACAACUUGCUACAAGGUUGUUGAGCUCAGUAGUUAGCUCUUGUUAUAAGUCGUUCCAACAACUUGUUAUCGUCCUGCAAUUCAACAAUUUUUCAACAAGUUGUGCGUGACAACCUUGUAGCAACUUGAUGAAGUAACAGCAUUGUUACAACUUGUUGACAAGCUUGCUACAAGCCUGUUGCGAACACAUCUUGUUGACAAGUUGUAAGGUUUCAACUACAACCCAUGGGUUUUUCAGGUAGUUCAGACACGAACCACGGCAGCUUAUUGUAGAAUACUACCUACACUGGACCACCACGUUUAAGAUAUCUUUUUCAGGUAGUUCAGACACAAACCACGACAGCUUAUUGUAGAAUACUACCUACACUGGACCACCACGUUUGAGAUAUCUUUUUCAGGUAGUUCAGACACAAACCACGACAGCUUAUUGUAGAAUACUACCUACACUGCACCACCACGUUUGAGAUAUCUUUUUCAGGUAGUUCAGACACAAACCACGACAGCUUAUUGUAGAAUACUACCUACACUGGACCACCACGUUUGAGAUAUCUUUUUCAGGUAGUUCAGACACAAACCACGACAGAGCAUUGUAGAAUACUACCUACACUGGACCACCACGUUUGAGAUAUCUUUUUCUGGUAGUUCAGACACAAACCACGCAAAGAAAGUGAGCUUCAAUACUUUUAUUUUUAAACAGAAAUUGGUCAACACAGUAAAAAAUUUACACAAUCAAGAUGAAGACACAGAACAUCUGACGCCUCUACUCGGAAAAACGGGAAGAAAUUCCCAACCAAAGUAUGAAAAGAAACCUUUUAAACGGAAAUUUAAACGCACCGUGGAAAAGGUUAUGCAAUUUGCAGAGCGAAAUUUGGCUUUAUCAGAGUUUAGAAAAUCUACCAGCAAGAGAAUCGUUAUGGAUAAGACGGGAUCGACAGAGGAAUUUUGUGAUCAGGUAGGAUAUUUUGGGAUAAAUUCUGAUCGAUAUCAUGUGUCUACUGUGGUCCAAUUUGCUGUCAAUUACCUGACGUCAUCAGCAUGUCUCUUUAAUUUGGGCAAUUAGACCUAAUUAGUUAAUUAGCUGCACAUUAGAACGCCAAUUAAGCAGUUGAUCACGCACGACUAAAUUCGCAUCACUCUUCGCGUUACUUCGAAGAUUUCAAAUCAAAGAUUCCAAAAUGGUAAGUUAAAGAAUUCUACCAUAUGAGAUUACUAUAGGCUGGUCAGUAUACUAUCAAAAUUUCUGUGAUCACAGUAGGAAUUUUGCAAGGAUUUGUAAGAAAUGUUUGAGGGAAGUGUCUUGGUGUUUAACACUAGUACUGAGUCACUUUUCUCAAACAUUUCUUACAAAUCCUUCAGAACUUAGAUUUUAACAAAUGCAAAACUAUACUGUGAUCCCCAAGAGAGCCUGCUCGCUGGCUAUUAAUCCAGUUUAAUACCAGAAAAACAUAUUGGAAUUAAAUAUCACUGAAUGAAGUGGUAAUUGAAUUGAAUUGGAUUGACUUUAAAUAUCAGACGUUAUUGGAAGAAUGACUUUACCAUGCGAAUAGCAGGAAAAUCGGAAGCACUUUAAACAUAUUUUCAAACGUUUUUUAAUUGUUAAACAUAAAUUUUACAACGAUUUAUCUCGAGAAUAACAGUAUAAUUGCCGGGCUGCCUAUGACUGGAAGCGAAACGAAUGAAAAUCUAAUUAAAUUUUAGAAUGUAAACCUUUGUAAAAACAGUAAUAUUCUUGAAUAAGAAAGAGGCAUUCUUACUGAAACAUUAUUUCCUAGCCAUAUUAUUGAGAGAAGCAAGAAACGGUAUUUCCUAUCUUUUAUGUUUCCUAGAGGUAAUUGGCCCCCAGAGAAAAUUUAGCUUACUGAUUUAAUGUUACUGUAAAUUGUUAAUGGAAAAUGAUCUUAUAGUCUUGUGAAUCAGAAUGUAAUAUGAUUUGAUCUGUAUUGGGGGGCAUAAGCAAGCAUAUAACUCAUGACUUUGAAUCCAUUGACAUUUGGGUAUAUAUUCACAACAAAAGUGAUCACACUUGGGAAUAAAAUAUCUAUCUAAAUUUCCUGAGAAUAGCAUGGCACUACUUCGUGGAAAGGCAUGUAAAAUAUUUAUUAAAGUUACUUUAGAUAAUCGUUUUACAAUUUGCGCGAUUAACACGUCACAAUGAUGUCAUAGAACGUUAAUUAUAAUUAGCUUAAUUAAGCCUAAUUAGCCUAAUUAGAAUUUCUGAUUACCUCGCGUCCUGAGAUCUGAAUUUUAAUUCUUGACGCGCUCGUUAUUUUGAAUUUGAUUCAAGUUGGUUUACGAAAAUGGUAUGUAUAUAACAAAAAUGGUAUUUUGACGGUUGUGUUUUAAGAAAUUAUUCAUAAAGAAGCGAUUUAUUUCAACUGAAGAAAAAGUUUAUGCAAGUUAAGAGAAUUUUGUACAUGUAGUUGUGAAACUCAUUUAUGCAUGAAGAAAACACAAAAGAAAUCAUGAGCGUGAAGGAGUUUGUAUAUCUGAUACAGAAAUCAUGUUGAUUUACAUAAACUUUAAGUUUAAUUUUCUCACCAAAUAUAUAAUAUUUUGAAUUGUCAAAGAAUACGAAUGUUCUUCUCAUCAAGACGUUUCACAUAUAAUAACACCUCAUUAAACAUUGAUUUCUUUUUAACAAAACGUUGAUUUUUUUACAAAUUAAAACUUCCUUCUAUUUUUCAGAGAGAAUGUUUAUCGAUUCAUGUUGGUCAAGCCGGAGUUCAAAUGGGCAAUGCAUGUUGGGAACUGUACUGCCUUGAGCAUGGUAUCCAGCCAGAUGGUCAAAUGCCAUCGGACAAAACCUUGUGUGGUGGUGAUGACUCGUUCAACACAUUCUUUUGUGAAACUGGCGCGGGAAAACAUGUACCAAGAGCUGUUUUUGUUGACCUUGAACCAACUGUUGUUGGUAUGUAUGACUAA